AUGCCAGACUCGUCGGACAUUGAGGAGUUGCCGCCACUGAGUGAUCGAGACAUCAACAUCCUCUUUCAGAUUGUGAGCGACGCGCAACAAUCACCGAAUCCUCCCUUCCGAGCCCUCUUUGCGGCAUACGACAAAGUCCUCGCAGACCAUGAUAUCGCUCCUGAACAUGACCAGCGCUUCUUCCGCUACCUGUUGCGCCUGGGCGAAGGUGGCUCUCACAGUUCGCGAUCCUUGAUGUCCAAGUUGCGCAAACUGCUGGCCAGAUUCGACAUUCACAUUGUUGUACAAGACGAUCAGGACGUCAUCGAGGAUGAAGCUCUAGACUUCCCAGAAGAUGACGUUCGACCGCCGCAAGAGCUGGGGUCGGGAAGUGCGAAACGAAGUCGCAGGGCGAGCUUCAACGACACAAGACUGGAUGAAAGCUGGGUCAGUGGUGCCCGCUCCGGACACAGCCCACACACUUCGCUGGACGAUUUGUCGCGCAACCCACGUCACUCGGCCAAUGCACUACCUGCCACGAACCGUGUGUCGCCGCGAGGCAGAGUCGAUGCACAAGUUCAGUCGCAUCCUCGAAGAAGCCGUUCUCUGUCAACUCAAGGCAGCGUCAGAGCACCGCGCCCUCCAGCUCCUGAACCAUGGGCUCGACACCAACACACGCUGGAUUACCAGAACGGCGUAACCGAUGAUGACACUGAGUCCGACAUUCCUAGUUCACCCCCUGUCUUGCCUUCUUAUCCUCAAGCCGCUGUUCAUCAAGUCGGCUCGCUCGAAGCUGAUUUGACAUAUGAGGCCGAAGCAUUCCUUCAUGUUUCUCAGAUCAAGACUGCGCGCCGAUGUUUUCGCCACUUGUCUCAGGAGUCUGCCAGCAUCCAGAACAUGACUCGGAUAGCCCAAAAUCAUGAUCAGCGUCUUCUCAAAGCUCAAGCUUUCAGUAUCUGGGCCGCGAAGCUAUCAGAGAAACGUCAGGCAGCUGAGACUGAGCUUUUCUUCGAACAGUAUGAACGCAGAGCGACUCGUGCACGCGACCUCUUCUUGCUUAACAAGGCUUUCACCCAUUGGGCUCAAUUUACUAGCGACGAGAUUGCUAGGACAUCUGUUGCUAGAAGACACAUUUUGCGCACACGUUACUUCAACGCCUGGCGUGACAUCACAGCCGUCAAUGACCUCAAGUGUCGCCGUCUGGGUCUACGCAAGUGGUUCUCGGUCUGGAGAACGAAUGCCGCUCGCAAAGCUGUUGACAACGAACGCGCUGCCGCUAUAUAUGAAGAAAAUCUGGUCCAGCGAACUUGGUGGAAGUGGUUCUGGGCUUUCUGCGAGCGUAAAGCUCCAGUGUGGCACGACCAUCGUGCGAAGCAGUCCUGUUUACAUCGCUUGAGCAGUGCUGUAACACGUCUUCGUCAGCAUGGAACAACUGCUACUCACAAGCGGAACGCCAACCUACUCCGGAAGACGUUCAGGACUCUAGUCGUGCGUCUUGCAGCGAUCCGGUCGCUGAACCAGGCUGCAGAGGAGCGGCAUCGAGCUGGCUUGGUGAACAACUGCUUCCAUCACUUGCUACAAAAAUCCAAGCUGGGACACGCUUCGAAAGUAAUCUCUACAGUUGUAUCAACGCGACUGAUCACAACAGCCGUCUCUGUAUGGCAACUCAACACUCAACUUUAUCAACAAGCCAGCGCUAUCGACCGGCGCCGUGUCUUGCAAAAGGCAUGGACAAGUUGGAACGACAAUCUGCGAUCCCGAGCACUCGUCACCAGGAUUGACGACAGACUUGUACUCGAGAACCUCUAUAAGUGGGUCUUGCAAUCCCGUCUAGCUCUCUUCCGACGAGUCAUGGACAGUAAACUACAAGACCGUGCAAUGCAGACUCUAAGCUUGAGAUUGUCCGAGCAGCGCUUCCACCUCGAAGAGGCAGCUAUGAUCUUCCAGGAGCACAAACGAAGACGAACGCUGGCUUCUGUAAUGCUGAGGUUCCAUGGCAUAUCGCGAGCAGAAGAGAUGAUGGAGCGACAAGCGCUCGAAUUCAGAAACACUCGUACCAUGAAUGCUGUCCUUCCAUUCUGGUCGCAACGAACCAAGCAUCUCCUGAAGUUGAAUCACUGGUCAAACGAUGCUAGAUUCUACUGUCUGGCCAGUAGUGCCAUCAAGAAGUGGAAAGAUGCUGCGUCUCAAUCGCAACGUAACAAGCGUAGAGAUGCUUAUGUCCAUGUCAGGGGUCGAAUCAAGCUUCGUUUGGUCCGUGAUUGCUUCGCUGCUUGGAGGGAGAGAGCCACUAUGGUCAGACAGCUUGACACCGAUGCCAUUGAGCAAGCCAACAAUCGUCACAUCAACGCUGGCACUGUCAUCUUCGGCUUAUGGCGUGACAAGACACAACUGAACAAUCAACUAUCUAUUCAAGCUGAUGAGUUUUCCGCUCGCUUGCUAUUCCUUCGAACCAUCGCAGUAUUGGUCGCAAAGGGACAAGAAGUGUUACUCCAUCACGCACAGGCUCUGACUCUUCACUCCCAGACCAUCGAUGUACUCGCAACUGGAACGCUCAAGAAACUAAAAUGGGCUCUUUUCUGCCAUCGACGCAAUCUAGAUUCUGCUGCAGCACUCGAAAAACGUAACUCGCAACAGCAUCGUAGAAAUAUGUUGAAAUACUGGGCAGAGCAAGCCUCACGACGAAGAGCAGCCAGGACUCUACCACUACCGUUGGACCCCCAGGAUGAUCCACCAGACUCUCCCACCAAAGCACCAUCGCCAGUCGUCGCUCCUACACCUGCUCCCAUACCCUUCGCGCCAUCUUCAAAUCUCUUCAGCAGUCUCAGACUACCUUCUGCACGUAAGACACCUGGUCCUGUCCCACUAUCAGCGCAAAGCAGACUUGCACCUCUCCUAGACGAUGAUGAGGAAGACUCCGAUGUCGAAGAAUUUGAUUUCGGCGCCACCCACCGCGCGGAAGAAUGGACAUCCUUUGACGUUCUCCGCGAUGUCAUCACUCGACCCCCACAGCAGAGAUUUGAUAGUGUGGUUACUGGAACACCAGUGCCUGGUUACAUGACAAGAACACCGUCCAAACGCACUCAACGCGCAAAAGCACUCUCGGCUUUACCGUCUGCGAAGGCGGUGAGGAGAGAAGUGGUUGUUUCUACUACUCCUGCACCUAUGAGGAGUAAUAACAUCCAGACACCACAAGUCACGCCUUUUGAGAGGAAAAUGAGGAAAGGUGGUUAUGGAAGUUCGACGGGCAGUGGAGGUGGUGUGGGGUUGGCUGAGGAAAGCUUUACACCAGCGACUUUUCGACGUACGAGGUUUGGAGGUGCGAAUGGUUUUGGGACGAACGGGGUUGGUGCUCAACAAACGGGGAGGAGUGUUAGAUUCUUUGAUGUUGGAGGAGUCAAAGAGGAAGGAAAUGGUGGUGACGAGGAAGAGUGA